AUGGACUUGAAGAACGUGACUCCCACCUCGAAAGAGUUCGCAUGGGACGUCACCGGUGAGCUGGUGGAGCCCAAUGCCUGGACGAGUCCAGUCCAGGUCGCCAUCGCCGCACUGCUGGUGUUCCUUCUCUCCCCCGUAGUUCUGUGCAGCAACGCUCUCCUCUUACUCUCCAUGUAUCGCUUCAAGAGACUUCGGACUCCCAGCAACCUCUUUCUAGUCGCCCUGUUUAGUGCCGACUUCGGAAUUGGUCUCCUUUUGCCACCUGGACUGUACUUUGAGUUCUCCCGACCGGGAAUCCGCUGUUCCGCACUGUGUCUCCUCCCGUACUGCCUGUUGAUCCAAUUCAGCGGCGUGGCCAUGCUCAGUUCGGCUGCCGUGGCACUGGACCGCUGCACCUCUUUAGCCUUGCCACUCACCUACAACAAUCUCAUCACCCACCGCACUGCCGGGCGCGCAGUCCUGACCAUCUGGGUCUACGCCAUUUUGGUCUCCGGUACGCCGCUGCUGACACUCCCACCGCUCAAGUCACCAUGUAGUUUCAGACUAGUCUCGACUCCGGUCCGAAUCUUCCUACUGUGCGCUUUCUACCUGCCGUGUCUAGCCGUCAUGACGAGCAGUUACGUCUACGUCUACGUCGUGGCUCGGAGGCAUGCCCGGGCCAUCUACUCCGUAGAGAACAACCUGAGGACCACGUUGCCUCCAGACCGUCACUACGGCUGGACUCUAACCCUGACCGUGGCGUCGUUCGCGUUUCUCUGGACGCCCGUGGCCGCCUUCGUGGUCUUAGAGGCCACGUCGCAAGAGCAGUACGACCAGAAGGCCACGUUCUACCUGGGUCUUGUGGGCCUCGGAGCCAGUUCAGUAGACCCGCUUCUGUACGGCUUCCGGAACUCCGAGUUCCGGGCCGCCCUCCUGCGCAUGCUCAAGGAACUGCUCCCCCGGAUGUCUGGGGACUUCCUCGGGGAGAGUCCCAGCGCGCUGCAUCGGAGUCGGUGCGGGACUGCAUCUACACUUAGGCCAGCCGGUGCGAGUACGACGUUGCCGCCGUUGGAGACGGACUGUUCGGCAUGCACUAGGACGCUGAUCAUGAUGGAUUUGAGGCCUGUCAGCUACGUGUGA